AUGCAGGUCCUUCUCCUUGGCGGCCACGGCAAAGUCGCCCUCCAUCUCACCCCACUCCUCCUCAACCGCGCCUGGAACGUCACCAGCGUCAUCCGCAACCCGGACCACGAGCGCGAGAUCCUCGCCCUCGGCGCCGGCCGCAAGGGCAAGCUCAACGUCCUGCUAUCCAGUCUCGACGACGUAAAAACCGACGCCGACGCAAAGAAGAUCAUCGACGCGGUUUCGCCCGAUUAUGUCGUGUGGUCGGCCGGUAUCCCUCUCCCCUUCUCCUCGUAG